GUCCCCCACAGUGCUCUAGCAGUAGAUGUGAUUGGAUUCACUCCUCUUCUUCACUAUAUUGAUCUCGAGCGACUGAAAAAGUCUUUCUUACAGAUGUCUCUGUCACAGUUACACCAGCAUGAUGAAAACAGUGCGCAGCUAUGAAGUGUCCUCCAGGAUUUCAGCACUCGCGCACUCUUUCCCAUUUUCAAACCUCUCUUCUCUGUUUGACUCCACGAUGCCACAGAAAGAGUGAAAUUUCACUACAGUUAUCUGCUCUCAUUUAGAUGAUGGAUUGUCACCUUUUGAUGUCAAGGCAAUCCAAGUUAAACACGAACGGGGGUUGAGGAGCGAGGUGAUGGAUGAGUUGAACGUAGCGGUGUGAGGAGAGUGCUGGUCAUUAAUGUUGGAUGAGAGCGAGCGAGGGCACUACAGUCCGGGAGAGUGCAGUACUGGCACAGCAAGGCAAACAUGACAGUUGAGAUCGGUGCUGAAUUUACAGCCCCCACCAAAUAUUAGAGAUGCCGUAUAACACAGCAGUCAAACCAUUUACAACAGAGGACAGCAGGCUGAGCAGCUUCAUUCACUCGGUCGGCGCUGAAGAAUGAAAAUGAAGCAAUAACUAAUAAACUCUUUUUCUCAGGUGAUUAUUUUAAAUUGCCUGCACUUUGUCUCCCACUGUAACCAGUUAUUCUUAUUGCCCUCUUAUAGCACACCCCACCUCCCCACCAACUGAGACUAGACUAGACCAUACCAACUCUGAUGUGAUGGGAGGGGGCUUGGCUGCGGUACCGUGACAACUGCAUCCUUUGGGUCACCCGUAACUAGCUGAGUGAUGCUUGAAUUUUUUUCCGGUGACAUUUUUGCAGUUGUAUAAAAAUCCCCGCGGGCUCGCCAGCCUGUCGCGGGAGGUGCAGAGAGGUUUUCGAGCCGCGUUUCCCUCCUUGUGUCUCAUACACUAUUGAGCCAGUCAGCAGAGCAGCCUGAACAAAGCCAUGGGAGAGAGAGAGAGGAGCUUCUGGGAAGAAAUGUCUCUCACUGACUCUGUCGCCUCGACAACCGGUGCGUGGAGCAGAUGAAAUUACAGAGCACAAGUUCAGCACAUUACAAGUGGACCAAACAGGCCUGAUCGCCCCACCUGUAAUUUUUGUUUCAUCAGCCUCAGGUGCCGCAAUGGAUGUGGAUGAUGAGCCGUUGCUGUUUCACACCAGCUGGGGUGGUGGAGAAGAGGAAGAGGAGGAGGAGCUGGAGGAAGAGGAUGGAGCAGCACACGCCGCGGAGCAGAGCUGUUCCUCGGGGGAUGCUUGGGUUUGUGGACUGUGGAAGGCAGUGGGGUGGGUUUACACGCAACCCUGGGCCAGUGGGGCGGUUUUAGGGGCAGCUGUCCUGCUGCCAUGUGCCCUCUUUGCCUACAUGCUGCUCUACUGCCCUCCUCUGGACAUAGACCUCUCCUACAGUGCCUUUGAGGUUCACAGCCACUUCUCAGCUGAACGUUUUGACGCCCUGGCCAUCGCCGUAAAGACUCAGCUGGGGUCGUGGGACAGACGCAGGCGAGACAUAGAUAACAUGGAGUCUGAGGCGCUGCGAGAGCUUCUGCUUGAGAAGCUGGGCAGGAAGGAAGUGUUCAAUAAGAUGGAUAAUGAGGACACGGGGUCCUCCGCUCCCCAAAGGGACCCUUUACAAGCCAGCGAUCAUCAGAAGAGAGGAGCAGCAGUAAGCAGAGAUGAAAGGACAGCGCCUCAUCUGGGUCAGGGGGAAACGGGGACGCAUGAAAGCAUAAAUCCAGGAAAAGGGGAAGAAGAGGCGAGAUUAGGGGAUGGAAAUUCAACUUUUUCCCUCAUUAGGAAGCGCAGAUUUGUUCCCAAUUACUACUUACAGAGCCAGGCUCUGUGGAGGAUUGAGCUGGUGUUUGUGGCUCAAGGCAAAGGCGAGCGCAACAUCUUCACUCCAGAGCGCCUGCAGACGAUACACCAAGUUGAGCAGCUGCUCAUGCAGCACCCACAGUUUCAUCAGUUCUGCUGGAAGCCUUUGGAGUUACUGAGGGAUCUGCCACUGGGGCCGUCCUACUGCUCCCCACCCAGCUCCCUCUUGUCAUACCUCUACCCCAGUGAGAGAGGAGGCAAGAUCUACUAUGAUGGCAUGGGCCCAGACUUGGCUGAUAUUAAAGGUUCUCUGGGCCUGGCCAUUACCCACCCGCAGUUUUACUGGUAUGUGGAUGAGAGUCUGUCCCCGGAACAUCUGUCCUCAUCCCUGUUACGCAGUGAAAUCCACUUCGGAGCUCCUCUGCCAUCCUACUACUCCCUGCAGGACCGAGUGGAUGAGCAGAGAGCACGCUUCAAAAACUUUGUGGUCCAAUAUGCAGACAUCCUGGCCAACCAGUCUACCAGUCAGGUAAAGGUGCUAUAUGGGGGAACAGAGCUGUUUGAUGACGAGGUGAGACACACCUUCCACAAUGACAUGAUGCUGGCUGUGGUCAGCGGAGCCUGUAUUACUGUGCUUGUCUACGUCCUUACCUCCUUUUCUGUCUUUUUGACUUUCUUUGGACUUGCUAGCAUUGGACUGAGCUGCCUGAUGGCUCUUUUCUUAUACCACGUCGUGUUUGGCGUGAGGUACCUGGGCAUUCUCAACGGAGUUGCAGCGUUUGUUAUUAUCGGUAUCGGGGUGGAUGAUGUGUUUGUGUUCAUCAGCACUUUCAGACAGGCUUCUCAUUUGCAUCAGCCGCAGCAGCGAAUGAUCUACACAAUUAAAACAGCUGGCCGAGCGACAUUUCUGACCUCCUUCACGACUGCGGCCGCUUAUGCCGCUAACACCUUCUCUCAGAUCCCAGCCGUGCAUGACUUCGGCCUAUUCAUGGCUCUCAUCGUCAGCUGCUGCUGGCUUUGGGUGUCUGUCCUGAUGCCUGCUGCCCUUUGUAUCUGGACACAGUUUGUGGAGCCUCGUGAACAUGCCUGGUUGAGCUGCUGGAAGCUGUUUUCGGGCCUGUCGGCGAACCACAGCCCUUUGUCGGACGAGGAUGAUGAUGUGGCUCUUCUGUCAGUGGAAAUGGAGCCAGGCUUCUGCGACACAGACGGCGAUGCGGCCAUCCUGUCCCUGUCGGUCGAGACACCUCUGUCCCCUCCGGGGCAGCGGCACGUGGGUGUGGUGAGCACCAAUCUUCAGUGGGCCUUGAAGCACUUAGUGGCUAAGCCGGUUGUGGAGCGACGGAAAACUGUUCUAGGUGUCUUUCUCCUGGUUCUGGUCUUCUCAGCUGCCUUCUGUUGUCUCCUGAGGCCGGCCACUCACGCUCCCCUUCUUUUCCGCCAAGAUACGAACCUCCAGAGUCUGCUGGCUCUGCGGAGCAACCUCAGCGGCCAAGGCAUCUCCUGUCCCAUGUGCUCAGGUGUGUUCAUGGAAAAACCCCACCCACUGCCCACCCACGCUGCCUCGUCUGCAUUUUUGUAUCCUACACAUCAGCAGAGGCCGAGCAGGACAACUCCCGCUGCUGCUCUGAGUGAAGUGAAACAGGACUCACUCGCUAACCAAACAGGCCCUCUUGUGACAGUGUACGUAUCAAAGUUAGACCACGGAGCCUCUACAACCAUUUACCGCUUCUCCCUUAACGCCAGCAUCCCGUCCCCGUGGAAGAUGUGCAGCACAGAGCGUGAGGAGGUGUCAUCGUUCCAGGCUUUUAAUCAGCCCCAUGGCAAUUACACCGCCAGAAUGACAGUGUGUGUUUCCCACGUAUACCUCCCGUACGACAGCUGGAUGAUCACGUCCGGCUCGUGUGAUCCUCGUCAUGGCUGGACGCCAGAUUUUUCCUUUUAUGUAGCAUCAUCUCCACAGCAGCAGAGCAGGAAGUUGUACUUUGCUCAGUGCCGCCUGAGACCUCAUCCCAGCCGCGUGUGUGUCAACCCGCCAGGCUGUGGCAUUAGCUCUGGGCCUGAUGGAGCUUCACGGGGAAGCUUUUAUACGUUUUUUCCCAGCGAUCCCUCAUCUGCUGCCAAAACAAAACCAUCCAAAACGUUUGGCUUCAAUCCGUGCAGCGGCGGUGUGUGCGGCCAACCGGCGGUGCGUCCUCUGGUCGACACCGGAGCCAUGGUUUUCCUUGUGUUUGGGAUCCUGGGAGUGAACCGAACCGAACGCAGGGACAACCACGUGAUUGGAGAUAUGGGCAGCAUUAUACUGGAUCCAGACUUUGAUAUUUUCCAGGAGAUGGGGCAUCUUUGUAAAAUCUGCAAAGCUGUUAGUGCAAACACACAGCUCGUGAAGCCGGGAGGAGCACAGUGCUUGCCGUCAGGCAACAAGCUAUCUUCCAUUCUGCCUCUUCUUCAUCCCGAGUGCCACUCUCUCCCUGAACCCAACCUGCUCCCAGGGCAGCUGUCCCAUGGAGCGGUGGGAAUGCAUGGGGGGAAGGUCCGCUGGCUGUCCAUGGCCUUCGAAUCUACCACAUACAAGGGAAAAUCCUCAUUUCAGACGUAUUCCGAUUUCCUUCAGUGGGAGAACUUCAUCCAGGAGCAGCUCGCAACUCUCCCGCAGACCUCUUCUCUGCAAAGAGGCUUCCAGACGUGUGAGCACUGGAAGCAGAUCUUCAUGGAAAUCAUAGGUGUGGAGAGUGCCCUCUGGAGUCUGCUGCUGUCUCUGGCCAUCUGCGUGGCAACUGUUUCUGUGUUUACUGCACAUCCUUUGCUGCUGCUGCCCGUGCUCGUGACCAUUCUCGGGGUGAUCUGUCUGGUAGUGGCGCUCAUGUAUUGGCUGGGAUGGGAGAUGGGAGCAGUGGAGGCAAUUUCUCUGUCAAUACUUGUUGGAUCCUCAGUGGAUUACUGUCUACACCUGGUGGAGGGAUACCUUCUGGCUGGGGAGACCACACCUUCUAUGCCUUCUCAUAACUUGGAGCCUCAGGCCGAGAGGCAGAGGCGGACUCUGGAGGCAGUGAACCAUGUGGGUGUUGCCAUAGUGUCCAGCGCUGUCACCACAGCGAUCUCCACAGUCCCUCUCUUCUUUUGUGUCAUUGUGCCUUUUGCCAAGUUCGGCCAGAUUGUGGCCAUUAACACGGCCGUCUCCAUUUUGUUCACCCUGACCGUGACUGUGGCCACGUUGGCCUGCGUGGCCCCGGCCCGCUUCAGCAGACACCCAGGCGCUGUACUCAAGGCCAGCCUGGCUGUGAUGGCAGCCGCCUCUUUGGGAGCAGCUCUGUGGUGGGUCGGGGGACAGCUGGGUGCCAUGGCCUGGCAGUCACUCACCACAUAAACACUACUGAUGUCACACAGAGGCGUUCCUCUGUAUGCAACCUGUGAGAACUAUUUUCUUUCUUCCAUGUUUGUGGAACAACCUCUCAGUACACGGUUACAUACUUUACAGCACAAAGAUGUCAGAGUUAUCACAGUUUUUUUUCUUUGUUCUCACUUGUAUUGAUCAGUGGAUUGUUAAGUAUAGAGGGGAAAAAAUCCUCACUCUGGGUGUCUCUUUUUAAAAUCUAGUGUAACUGAAUAUGUGACUCAUAAUAGUAGGUUGAUCUCUGAUUCACACGAGCUGUUUUUGGUUUGUUUCCCCCCCUUCAUCUUCAGCCCUAGAUGAUGGAGUAGUUGUUGGGAAACACUGACUGAGUCACAAUUUUCAUCUGUGUUACUUAUUGAGUUGUGAAGAGUUGCUGACUGUUCUGUGACCUGCUUUUGUGAACACUGACAGCGCAGCGCUGCGAUGUCCGUGAAGACCAGUGUUAAUGGUUCACUUUGAUACGUGACCAUGUUGUGAAGCAUCAGAAUGUUUUUUUUUAUUCGUUGUUUUGUUUUCUUUGUCUCGAUUUUGCACUGAAUGUGAUUUUUCAGCCACAUUUGUAUCAGAGCUUAUGAUGUCCCACUGUGGCUGGAUUAAAAGUUCUAUAAACCAAA